UGUGUACUUUUUAUCUUUGCCUAUGUACAAUAUAUACUUUUUUCUUAUCAUUUUCUGAAACUGUAGCAAUAUCAUAACAUUAUAUUUCAAGUAUUUAAACAUUGAGCAUAAAACAAACGGAACUGUUAUAAUUAUAUGUAAAAGAUAUAAUUUUUAUCAUUUAAGGCGGUAAUGACUGGGUGGAAUGUUCCAGCUGUAACCGAUGAGAGACAAUGUCGUUUCACCAGCAUUAUGUUAAUAUUGAACAUUAUGUUGAAGACGAAGACUGGUGGUGUUCCGAUCACUGCAAAAAUAAGGGGCUUAGUGUGUUCCGUUGCGGAAAACAAAAAGAGGAUACAUGGAUUGAAUGUCAGUCCGCUGCAUCAUGUUUAAGGAAUCAAUGGUUUCACACCAGCUGUGUAGGAAACACAACAAGUUCUUGGUACUGCUCUGAAGUGUGUCGCACAUCUCAGAAUACAGAGCACAAGCAAGCAUAUGCUAUGAGUACCUUGUGGAGAGGACUUCUAUAUUAUGUGGAACGUGACGUGGAAAGGGAAAAUGAUGGGUUGAAAAAUGAUAACAUUGUGGCGCCUUAAUAAGUAUCUUACGCUUGCUUAUCGUCU